GUUCUGUCGAUCUCUCAGUCCGAAGCGAUCCUUGUAUUGAACCGUUCGCCAAAGAAAUAGGCAAGGGCUUACACAACGCCGCCAACGCUACCUCACGACACGCGAGCUCGAAGGGAGAGGGAACAGUAUGGAAGCGCUCCAGCGGGUGGUACGGACAUGGAUCGCAUCUGAGCAAGAGGAAGAAGUCGAUGCGGCGGUCUCAGAGAUAACCAAUGGUAGUGCGACUCUACUGGACCUCGUCAAAGCCUUGGGAGAAUACCUCACCUCCGAGGAAGAUGAGCUGAGGACGAAGGGUGUCGAGUUUCUCUCCCUUGUGAUUGGGAAGUCUCCUCCAGAGAAGCUCAGUCGACAAUCGGUCCGUGUGCUGGUGAGCUUCUACUGCGGAAAGCUGGACGAUACCGAAACCAUUAUACCGGCCCUCAAAGGGCUCGUCUCUCUCACCGCCAUGCCCGCCUUUGCUUCUACAGAUGCAAUCGAGGUCAUGAAUGCGCUUGUCAAGCAUGUUCGGAUGAAGGCGCUUGUUCAGUCACAACGAUUGAUGGUAUACAAAAUCGUCGAUACGCUUUUAGCCAAGCAUCGGGAUGCACUCAAAAGCAUGGGAAAGGAGUUCCUCUCAGGGUACAUAGCACUUGCCGAGGGCGAGAAGGAUCCAAGAAAUCUCCUCCUGGCCUUCUCUAUCGCCCGCGUUCUGUUGCUGGAUUUUGACAUAUCCGCUCACAUAGAGGACCUCUUCAAUGUCACAUUUUGUUAUUUCCCAAUUACGUUUAGGCCACCACCGGAUGAUCCAUACGGUAUCACCACAGAUGAUCUCAAGAACGCACUGGGUGCAUGUCUCAAUUCAACGCCUCAGUUCGGUCCCCUGGCCAUCCCGCUGUUCCUUGAAAAACUCGCCGCAGGCACGCCGGCCACCAAGAGGGACACGUUGAAAGCUCUGGACAGUUGUCUCCCUGUCUAUGGGCCAUCCGUGGCGCGGACCCACGCGCGGAAGCUUUGGAACUCUCUCAAGUUGGAGAUUUUCCAACCGACUGACAGCGUGACAGAACAAGCGGCCCUGCAUACCACUCAGGUGCUCAUCCGGACGAUCUACGCAGGGAGCGAGAGCGAAGACCAGUCGAGCGAGGAUAUCCAGGGCCUGGCGAAAGACGCCUGUGAAGAAUGCAUUCAGAUCCUGCGUGAGCCAGAGAAGAGUCAGGCGAAACCUGCGAUCAAGAUUAUGUGUGCAUUCAUGGCGACUACACCCUCUGUUGCGCGCUUCACGCUCUCGCAAGUGACGCCGCACCUCGUCAGGCUCUACCUCAACCCAGACGAACUCCCAAACCGAGCGCCUACCCUCGGGCUGCUCGCCGAUGUCGUUGCAGCAGCUCGGGACUCGAUGCCGACGGAUCCAGAAAUCUUGCCUGCGGAGGAAGACACCCCACUCGCUCCGUACAAGGAUGAGGUUCUCGGUGUUCUGACUGUAGGUCUGACCCCUGGUUCGUCAGUGCAACCGGCCCUCGAUGGGUUGAAGGCGUUGGUGACCACUCGCGGGCUGUUGACGGAUGAGGAACUCGGAUUUGUGGUCCACAAGAUCAACGAGCUGCUCCAGGACGGCCAGGAAGAGAACGAGGACAUCAGCGACUCCGCGCUCGACCUGCUCACGACCAUCUCCGCAUCCGCACCCCGCCAUGUCUCUGAGACGACGCUUCCCCUCCUCUUCAGUGCCCUCCCCGACCGUGCGCCUCCGCGCGACGCCCAGUCCGAACGGCUCAAAUACUGGCGCACGCUCGCCUCCCUCACCAGGCUCUGCAAGCAGCCUGAUCUCUUCGAGACUCUCGUCGUCAGGCUCCUCACGAAGCUCGACCUCAUCUGUGUACCACCGCCCACUACCGCCGACGCCGCUGGGAUGGACACGGAGCCGAGCGCGGCGUACGCACACUCGAUCCUGCGCACGAUCGUGGACGUGCUGAGUGCGAAGGUGGAGUUGGGCCACGCGGAUGUGAUCAAGUAUAUCGAUAGGCUGGUGCCGCGGCUGUACCACUUGUUCAUCUACUCGGCGCUGAUGUCGAAUGGGACGUACUUGGUCGCGACGGACCCGCGCCUUGUGUCUGUCGCGUCGCAGAUCAUCACGUUGGUCGUACAGACGUUGUCCGCUCAGCGACAGGAGACUUUCGUCAAGGCACUAUUUGCAGCGUACCACCGAGAUGAUGUCAAGCAACUCGCGGAGGGUCAUCAGAAGAUACCAACCGACAAAUCAUUCGGUCCAUUUGCGUCGAAUGCACCUCCCGUGCAGAAGAAUCUGCUUGCGCUGUAUGCAGCAGCAAUUACUGCACUACACAAAGAGGUCGCACUUCCUGAUCCAGGGGAGGGGCCUUUAUUGAACCAGCUUCUCCUUUGGUCCGUCGUUGAUGCAGACAAUAUUCUGCAAAGAGACGCAGCAGCUCACGCGAUCGCUUCAAUCCUCAACAAGCGGACGGAAGGUCUAUCAACGUUCCUCGAGGAGAGGCUCGAUCUCUUCUGGAAGGAUGAGGUGGUCACCUCUGAGCGGCCGCCGGAGGCUCGUCGCCAGGCUAUCUCAACGUGGACAUGGAUGACGAAAGCGCUGCUCGUGAGGGGGGAUCCUCGCGGGGCAGACCUUGUUGACCGCCUCUUUGAGCUGUUCGGAGAUGACAAGGUCGGCUGGGACGCAGCGCGGGCGGUGGGCGGGGCAGUCGCCACUGACAAAAUACUCACCAAGAAGAAUCACGCUGUGAUCAAGUUCCUGUAUGCUCAGAAGUAUUGCAACUCGGUAUUGCCGAGGAUCAUUGAGGGAGCAAAAUCAUCGGAAGAUCCACAGCGGCAGAACGCGUACCUCGUGGCCUUGACAUCCCUCAUCAAGUCUGUCCCUAAGACCGUCUACGCUCACCAGAUGCCGACAUUGAUGCCGCUCCUUCUCCGCGGACUCGACCUGCCUGACUUCGAGAUCCGAGCAAGCGUCAUUGACACACUUCUCGCGACCGCCGAGAGCAGCUCAUCAUCAAAUGCGAAGGAGAACGGUAUCAUCGCAGAACACGCGUCCAGCUUGGUGUCGACGAUGCUCAGAAACAGUAUGAUCAAGGAGAUGCCCUCCAUGCGUGUCAGAGUCGCUGCUUUGCGAUUCCUCAGUGUCCUCCCAAGUGCUGUGCGAUACGAUGUCCUGCACCCGCAAAAGGCCACUGUCAUCCGCGAGCUAUGGAAGGUGCUGGAUGAUCCCAAGAAAGCAGUCAGGAAGGAAGCCGUGGAGGCACGGACAAAUUGGUACAAGUUCAGCGGUUAACUUCCAACCCAAUCGCAAAGCAAAGCCGAUAGCGAAUGUAGUAGCUACCAACAAAUCUGUAUCGAUAGAGCGCAUACCUUGUAAACGUCCACAUGCCAUACGACGGUUUGGGCCAAUCGUGCGACUGCUCGAGGUGCUAUCUGAUACUGUCUGAUAUAGUGAACUCAUAGGCUUCAGUCAGCAUCCGCAUACUAUUAGUGCCUUCGGCCUCUGGUAGGGUAUGUCUGUUGAGAGGCACU